AUGUCUAUCUCCAACUUUUCGCAAGACAGCAACUUUGACUCUGUCACUGCCGUCGCUAUGAGAAUCCGGUUGCAGGUGCUCAGGCAUCAGCUACCGCCGACCAAAGUCCUGUGGAAGGUUGACAGUGCCACUACCACGGCUGAGCUCCUCACGCAGAUCAGCGACUUCUUUCCUCUUGAAGCUGAAGGUUGGGGUCUGGAGGAUUACGCUGUCCACCUUGGUGGCUAUGAGUUGCUGCACUUUCAGCAGCUGCGCGACAUUCUGAAGGAAGACGAUGAGAUUGUCAUCCAACCACUGCAAACCAACGACAUUCGCGCCAGAAAUCUCUCGGGCAGACACCAAAUCUCACGAGACGGCAGACACCUCGUCGACGGCAUCGCUUUUGGAAGGCCUCUACUACGCGCACCCGCCCACGCUCCCAUCCGCAUCCCUCCUCGCAAACGCGCCAGGCUCGACCCGUCCCUCGAAGAGUCGGACGCCGCUUCACAGUUAGGCGACUUUGGGCCGUCCCCUUCCGAUUCAGAACCCCGUACGCGAAGCAAGACUCAGAAGCAUGUCACCUUCAGCCCGGAGUUCCUGCAAGCCGACUAUGAGGACAAUGGCGCCAUGAUCUUCGACGAUUCCGAUGACGAAGACGACGAGCUCUAUGAUCCUUCUGAUGAUGGCUUUGAUUAUGUGGUUCCCGGAGACGUCGACGAAGAGAUGGGAUUACUCGAAGAUGGCCGAGCCUCAGCGUCCAGCUCAGACGAAUUGUCCAGCGAUAGUGAGAGCGACGACAGCUCUGACGACGACGACGACUCUAGUGGCAGUGAUAGCACUUCCCACGAACCAAGCUCCCCUAGUGAUGGUAAGCAGCGAACUCGUGCUAGGAACCGACGCCGCCGUGAUGCAAAGAAACUCACCUGGCUCAAGUCUAAGGGCCUUCUGCCUGUAGAUGCCACUCGUCAGCAUCUGAAGAAAUGGAGAGAGGAGAACGAACAAAGCCGUGUCUCUGCUUCGGAAUCUGAUUCAGACGACGAAUCUUCCAGCUCAGACUCCAGUUCCAGCUCCAGCUCCGACUCAGACUCUGAUUCUGAAUCUGAGACUGAACAAACAGUCAAGCCUACUCAGCCUGCAGUCAAGAAGGCUGUGCCCAUGGUCCCAAGACAGCUAAAAGUCAAGCCCAAGGCAAAGAAGCCUCUCACAGAACCAAAGUCUGACGAGUUCAAUCAGAAGAGAGAGGCUCUCCUGGCUGCCUUGCAAUCUGGUGGUAUCGACGUCAACAACGAUCUGUCAGCUCCCUCAGAAGACGCCGUCAUGGGCGAUGCUAGCCCCAGCAUAAUGUCUGCAACCUCGAACAACACCACUCCGCAGCCAGAAGCCCGUAGAACCAGGCUCGAUCUCGCGAGUUCCAACCGUCUUCUCUUCAACUCACUUGGUGUCCGCGCACCUAAGAAUGACGCCGACAGACAACGCCUGCAAGCCAAACUCGCUGCCCAAACCACACGCAAGCCAGUUACAAAACCUACAACUGCUGCCGCUUCCGUUGAGCAACCUGCGCCCGCAGAAGAGGAUGAAGGCCCUACCAAUGUUGACGCCUGGAAGUCCAACAUCUCCCUCUCUGCUGUCGAAUGUGCACCAGGAUCAGAAGAGUAUUACUAUUCGACUCCACCCUUCCCAUUCCACCAGCGUUGGGACCCCAGUCAACGUACCAAGAAGCGCAAACGCGGCUCCCAGGCCUUCGAUUCCUCCAAGCUACAGCGUACUGAGGAAGAGCUCGACAACAGCUACAGCGAGUACUACAAUGAAGGCGCUGACGGUGAUGCUCUCAACUAUGGCGACGACGAAGACGAAACUGCCGGUGCCGCCCAAGAAGCCGAUCAGGAAGCCGCUACUGCACAGCUCCUGGCAGAAUCUUCAGACGCUGCCGACUUGCCACCUCUACCAUCCGACCUCUCCACCCUACCCCCAUUGACGGAAGAAGAUAAUCUUCCCGGCGCUAUCAUCGCCUUCACGCAGUUCGAAGUUUCGGCCGCUACUAACUGGGCACCUGCAAUGUCUCCCGUGCGCACUGCUUCCAUCCAACACAUUUCCGACAAUAAGAGCUUGGGAUUGCGGUUGGCCAAGCGCGAUAUUCCUGGUCGUAAAUAUGACAAUCAAGGUCGCAGACUCUUUGACAAAUUCGAGAUGAUCACUGGCGAUGAAGAGGAUGACGACGCUGAUGAUGGCUUCUUGGAGGUUGAGCUGUCUGAGUUGAUCGAGCCUAGACUGCUUCAGGCUGCUGGUGCUGCUGGAAAGGGUGUUGAAGAUGAGGAUCAUCAGGCAGUUUCGAAUGGAGAGCAGACUGGUGAGAUGAUUGGAGUUGCUUUGUAA